AUGCAUUCAUCGUGCCAUCCUCCAAUACGCGACGUUCCAACCAGACUUAUUGAUGUCGGCUCACUCGGCGAUAGUGAGGGAAUAAAGGUUUCUCAGCUUCCGAGAACGAUCCAGGAUGCGAUCGAGGUAACUAGGUUACUCAGGCAACGGCAUCUGUGGGUCGAUGCUAUCUGCAUCAUCCAAGACUCACUAUCAGACUGGGAGUAUGAGUCAGCUAGGAUGGCUUCUGUGUACCAAGAUGCUUACUUGACCAUUGCCAUCGGGACCGCAAGUUCAGCAACAGAAGGGUUUCUACACCACCGGCAUCUCGCUGCAAGCCAGAAGCCUUCCUUCAGGGCUGAGUGCCAAUACGGACAAGGCAAAAAGUUCAUUCUGGGUGCAAGGAUCAUUCCCGACAAAGCGGCACAUACCCAGCAGAGAGACGGCGGAGAGGAGUUACCUCUAUAUCUCCGAGGAUGGACCCUUCAGGAGAGCCAGCUCUCGAGGCGACAGUUAACAUACACCGAAGAAGAACUCUGGUGGAUGUGCUUGGAGGAGUCAAGUUGCGAGUGCGAUACUCUUAGCAAGGCAGAAGAACGAUCUUGGGGAGUGGAUAGUGGAUUCAAGUCACUGCUGUCCAUCGACAAUUCGGAUCAAGCUUUCGAGCACUGGCGUCUUACGAUGUUCGGGCUCAGUUAA